CAAUAAUUUUUUCCUAUUUUUUUAGAAGGAAAUAAAUUUUCUCUGCGAUUGUCAUAUACGCUGCCUCGAAUAAAUUUCUUAGCAUAUAUUUGUGCAUGGAGAGCUGUCAUUUCUUUGCUUACCAUAUAUAAAUUGGAUUUGAUAGUUGUUCCUGUCAUUUAUAUAUAUAAUUAAUACAUAUAAUUCACAUACUUACAAGAAAUCUGCCUUUCGUGGUGCUGCUGUUUCUUCUUCUUCUUCUUCUUCUUCUUCGUCUCUUUUUCUUAUAUUCGCAGUGGGUUCUCUGCAGUGUUCUUGGGCAUCAGACUCUGUGUUUUGCCUCUAUCGAUAGUGUUUUCAGAGGCUGUGACCCAUGAAGAUGCCAGUAAGUUCUGGUUCCUUGCCAUUUCAGGUGGCAAUCAUAUUGCUGCUGGCAUUAAGCACUGCUGUGGAUAUUAAUGGACAAGAGAGUAAUGGAGUCUGUGAUGAUAAACCAAGUUUAGAACCAAGACCCCACAGUGUGUCAAUCGUGGAGUUUGGUGCUGUUGGCGAUGGAAAAACAUUGAAUACUCUAGCCUUCCAAAAUGCCAUUUUCUAUCUCAAGUCCUUUGCAGACAAGGGUGGUGCCCAGCUGUACGUGCCACCGGGAAGGUGGCUCACCGGAAGUUUCAAUCUUACCAGCCAUCUUACUCUAUUCUUGGAAAAGGGUGCUGUUAUUCUUGGAUCUCAGGAUCCAUCUCAUUGGGAAGUUGUUGAACCCCUCCCGUCAUAUGGUCGUGGCAUAGAACUUCCUGGAGGUCGAUAUGGAAGCUUAAUAAAUGGAUACAAGUUGCAAGAUGUUGUUAUUACAGGUGAUAAUGGAACCAUAGAUGGACAAGGCUCGGUUUGGUGGGAUUGGUUCAAUUCUCAUUCUUUAAACUACAGCCGCCCUCAUCUUGUGGAAAUUAUAGAUUCUCAAUAUGUAGUUGUUUCGAACCUCACCUUCUUGAAUGCCCCUGCGUAUAACAUCCAUCCAGUCUAUUGCAGUAAUGUGAUUGUACAAAAUAUAUCAGUCACCGCUCCUCCAGAGUCCCCUCAUACUGUCGGUGUAGUCCCAGAUUCUUCUGAUAAUGUAUGCAUAGAGGAGAGCAUCAUUAACAUAGGCUAUGAUGCAAUUGCUCUCAAGAGUGGGUGGGAUGAGUAUGGCAUUGGCUAUGGAAGACCCACAAGAGACGUACACAUUAGAAACGUCCUCCUCCAGUCAUCUUCCGGCUCAUGUAUUGCCUUUGGUAGUGAAAUGUCUGGUGGCAUUUCCAAUGUGCAAGUGGAGCAUGUCCAUCUAUACAACUCAUUCAGCGGCAUUGAAUUCAGAACAACAACGGGAAGAGGUGGUUAUAUAGAAGAGAUCAUUAUAUCUCGUGUUGAAAUGGAAAACAUCGGUAUGGCAUUUGCUGCGAUAGGUCAUUCCUGGUCCCAUCCAGACGACCUUUACAAUCCUAAUGCCCUUCCAGUUUUGGAGCAAAUCACUAUGCAGAAUGUCGUUGGCAAGAACAUCACUGUAGCUGGAAACUUUUCAGGAAUUCAAGAGUCUCCCUUCACCUCUAUUUGUCUAUUCAACAUAUCCUUAUCACUAAACCCUGCAUCUCCCACUUCUUGGGUGUGUUCAGAUGUUUCUGGCGAAUCGGAAACUGUUUUCCCCGAACCAUGUCCGGAACUCGAGAGCUCCUCCACAAAUUCUUCAUCAACUUGCUUUUCCCUCCUGAAUUCUUAUGGCAGAGCUGCAGUCUUAUGAAACCAUUCCUUCAUUUCUUCUACCAUUCAGUGUCACAAAAAAAUAGGCCAGAUUCUUUCCAAUAAAACACAUAUGUCUAAAUCAUUUGUUCGUUCGUCGCCCGGGUUUCCGCAUUUCAUCUCUGCAGAUUACUUGUACAGCUUCAUAUCUUCAUUCAUGUGUAAGAAAAGUUUUGGUAGUGAUGGCACAAACUACAAUAUGAUUUGGAUAUUUUAGUGUUUCUGUUCAACUGAAUCCCAUGAUUUUCUUGUAAAAAACAUGAUUUGUUGUGGAUUGGCAUAAUAGGAGAAAUGGUGGUGGAUGUCGAGAAUUUCAAAUGCAGUCAUGGGAUUGAAUUUAUAAAAUACAUGGUGGGGAGGGAGACAGUUUGUGUCAAAA